UCUAUUAGCGAGGUGGUGUGGCAAGGUCAAUUAGGCAAUUUCACGCUGGCAAGGCUGUAAAUCACAUUGAAUGCAACUCUGGAAGUGUCAAGAACUGAAAAGAAGGACAUUUUAAGUUUAGUAACUCUGUGAAAAUAUGGAAAAAGUCCAAAAAUCCAUUAAGGGGAAGAUUACCUCCGACGAAGAGUUUGUCAUGGAGGCGGAUAGGCCGACCCAUAGCAGCAGUUCCAACGAGGAAAGCGACGAGGAGAUGGAGGAUGGAGGUCGGCAGGAUCAAAAAAAUGUGGAUGCCAUCAUCGCCGAGAUGGACGAGCAGGAGGCGGCAGGUCGGCAGGACAAGGAAAGCGAGGAGGACCAGCGCGAGAUGUAUGAGCUGAGUCUCCUUUCGCCGGCUGCCAUGGUUGCCCACAUCGAGCGUCUGGAGAAGGAUCUCUACGAACUUAGUCUGCGGGAAGCCAGGGAACUCAACCGGAGCAAACACCUGCGCAUCUUUGGCCACUCCCGCCGUCGCUCCAACAAGUGAACGAGUGGCAAAUCUGCUUAAAUACUAUAUGUACGAUGUGAUGACUUUGAUGGUAUCAAAUAAAGGCUAAAG